AUGGCCUGUCUGAAUGAGCUGGAUGUGCAGAGGUAUCUUGAGAUAGAGACACUGGCGUUAACUGAACUUGGUAAUGGCGAAUUGAAGGCUGUUGUACCCAACGUCCAGUGCAAGGAGUGUCCAUGGAUGGCUUUCUCGAACAUGUUCUUACCGGUUGCUUGGUUCGUGUCACAUACGGUCCCAGAAACUCCAGCUACUGCCGUGCAACGUCGUCUACAUGCGGAACGACCAUUAGUCAGCGUCAGCACUUGA